UUCUCACGUCCUAGUCGGUCCUUCUGUGUCAAUAUUAAGAUUCAAUCUCACGUAUUUAGGUGAAUACUCAGUAUCAAGGUAUACAGAUGUGUAAUCAGCGCCUGUCUCACCUGUCACAAUACAGUGUCACCACCACACGUUUUAUUUACCUGUACUGCGACACUGCUCAAGUUAAAAGUAGGUCAACAGACGCCAUGACCGUAUUCAAAACAGGUAGCUGAACGCCAGUCGAACACAGAAGAGAUUUUUUCACGGAUAUCAAUAUCAAGAGGGAUACAGACCUAACACCUAUAAAAUGCAGCAUAGCGCCACACGUCAUGACUCCGUGACAAGCACGUGACAAACAGGAUAAACGAGAUUUGAGACAACACGGAGAAAUAUUCGCCUUGUUCAAGAGAGAAUGAUGACUUCGCCUAGUAGUGUGAAUCUUGCGCUUAUAUGGCUUCUCUGCUGUUUCACCACACAAGCGGUGAACAGGCCAGAUAGAACAUUUUACAUGGACAAUUCACAACAACAGUGUGGAGACAGGGACUAUUUUGUCUACAACGAGGUGAACACCGUCCAGCUGUGGAGUCCUGACAAAACCACAAUCGUCCAGCGCACAAGCGCGGAGGAAUGCGUACUUCGGUUUUCGGCGUUGCCGAAUUCCCGCGUUCUUCGGGUGACGUUUCCGGAGAUAAUGGACUUGCCGUGCAAUAUAGGAGUCACCCUGACUUUCUACGAUGGAAAUGGAGUGCAGACUGAUAUACUGAAAACAAUCUGUGGCAACUCAAAACCGCAAGAUCUCCUGGCUACCGGUUCUCACCUGGCCGUCAAACUGACCAAGAUAUCCGUACCUGCCACGGUGGACACCAAGUUCAAAUUUCAAGUUGCUCAGUUGACAGAUGACACUAAUCCAGCAGUGGGACAAUCGCCAUUUUACAUGGAUAAUCUAGAAAAAGAGUGCGACCAGACGUACACCCUCCAAACCGAUGUGCAAUACAUGGUGCAGGCAUGGGGUACCCAGGAGAGGACUAGACCGGCUGGCGAUAAAUGCCAAAUGUCUUUCAAGUCUAUCUAUGAAACCAUGCAGCUUCGUGUUCACUUUACUCAGUUCAUUUCCCCGUGUACGACAGGGCAGGCGGUGCUCUAUUUCUACGACAGCCGGGACCAGACUGCAGAAAUGAGACGUUAUACGUGUAGAUCUCAAGUUCCAGCAGGAAUCGUCACUUCCGGCCAGUAUCUGACCGUGUUACUGGACCGCCGUGGUAGCACGGAGUUUGACUUCAGUUUUAACGUGUCUAUAGUGAACGAGGAGAGCACAAUGGCCACACCCACUGCUUUACCGGGAUUUGUGACGCAUUAUUUCAGUCGUCCAUCUCACUGCGACACUAGAAUCUCUCUCACUGCUGUAAGCCAGAACCACCUUCGUGCAUGGGCGCCAGGUGCGAGGACUGAUUCUCUGGCUCCUCAGGAUUGCGUCAUGACGUUUCACGCGCAGCCAGAUCACGUGAUCUACGUGCACUUUGAGGAGCUGAGCAUGCCGUGUGACGGACGGCCGAAACUGACUUUUUAUGACGGAGGGGAUAAAAGCAAAGCGCUGAUGGACAUAUUCUGCAGCUCAACGCCGCCUGAGGAUUUCAGGACCACGCAGCAAUACCUGACUGUACAGCUACAGCGACGGAACAACACGGCUCUCGACUUCGCUGUGCUUAUUUCACAGGAGACCGCGGACACCGGUGGUCUAGGUGCCGGUGCUGUUGCAGCCAUAGUCAUCGUAUUACUGGUCAUCCUAGCAGCAAGUGCUGUCGCUGCUGUGCUGGUACUCAGAAGAAGAAAAAUAAAAAAGGAAAACUCAUCCCUAGAUAAAGGGGACACCACAGGCCAGGGACUCCUAGAGAUGGACGUUCCCACUGGAGAAAAUGGCACUUCCGACGAUGUACCAAUGAAGGAUAUGACCAGAAUAUGACGUAGUAAGACAUGAUGUCUAAUAAAUAACUAAUAUACCAGAUUACAGGAGUAGGUCAGCCUGUUAAAAACUGAUACCACAAGCGAUUGGCAUUAUCAGAGUAUGAGACAAUAGCACUAUGAAGUGAAAACAAAAUGAAUUACAAACUAUAUUGAAUAUUCUGUGAUAUAUCUUUGUCUGGAGAGAAUGGUCUCUAAGGACAACCCGCUGUCCACUGUACAAGAUGUUUAAAUAGACACCAAAACGAUUUGUCGCUAUGUGAGGAAACCAUUGUGUUAGCGCAGCCAAUCUGAUCACGUCAAAGAUCGGACUGAAAUCCAUAAGUGCUACACGGAAACGCCACAGACGGCAAAACUAACCAAUUUGCAAGUGCCCUAAGAAUUUGUCAGCCCUGACAUGGAUAGCUGCACUGUGCGCUUCGUUAUCAUAUCAUAUACUGGUGUGUUGCGAUGUGUAGAAUAGGUAUACUUGUUUCAGGAGACAAUUUUUGAACGUAGAAACCAGCAUAUGUAUGCUUGUGUUGCAGCCAUAAUGAAUCUGCUUGCUUUUAACGGUAAAUCUCCCUGUAUGUUAUUUAAACCCUAACGUACUCGUUAACGUGACAAAACUCACAUUAGUCGCACAAUUUUUGUAAAUCGAGUAUUUAAGACUUUAUCACUAUGCUUGGCUGAAGAUACUGUCACAAUAUAUAACUGAACUGGUGAAUUUCGAUCUCACUUUGCUCAAUGUGUAAUUUGAAAAAUUCAAAUAAAAAUUUAUUUUACAA